UCGUGCUUGCCGCUUUGUCGCCGCCGUCGGAACCGCCGUGAAGUGCGCAUCGUUAGUACCGAGUUGUGUGUACAUAUAAAUGGCGGCUGACGAAAAAUGGUACUUUGCGAAAGAACAGCUCACAAACACGCCGAGCAGACGAUGCGGCAUCGACGCGGAUAAGGAACUGAGCUACCGACAGCAGGCAGCGAAUUUCAUUCAGGAUAUGGGACAGCGGCUCGCGGUAACGCAAUUAUGUAUCAACACAGCAAUAGUGUACAUGCACAGGUUCUACGUAUUCCACUCGCUGUCACACUUCCACAGGAAUGCAAUCGCGGCGGCAGCACUAUUUUUAGCGGCAAAAGUCGAAGAACAACCGCGCAAGUUAGAACAUGUUAUCAAAAUGGCACACAUGUGUCUCCACAGAGAUCAGCCCCCACCUGACAUCAGGUCUGAGCAAUACCUUGAGCAAGCUCAGGACCUGGUUUUCAAUGAAAAUGUCCUACUGCAAACAUUGGGGUUUGAUGUCGCCAUUGAUCAUCCCCACACACAUGUUGUUAGGUGUUGUCAACUGGUUAAAGCGAGCAAGGACUUAGCCCAGACUUCAUACUUCAUGGCAUCUAACAGUUUACAUUUGACAACAAUGUGUCUGCAGUACAAACCAACAGUAGUCGCCUGUUUCUGCAUACAUCUCGCCUGUAAAUGGUCCAACUGGGAGAUACCACAGAGUACAGAAGGGAAGCAUUGGUUCUGGUACGUCGACAGGACGGUUACUUCUGAACUCCUUCAGGAACUUACCGCAGAAUUCCUCCACAUAUUUGAUAAAUGUCCCUCGAGACUAAAGAGGAAAAUCAUGAGCAUAUCCGCCAGUCAAAGUACAAGCAUCAAUCAUACUAGUUUACCAAAUUCACCUUUUGACGCGGAACCUCGUAAAGUACAGUCUCCUGCGACGACGGCCGAUGGACCGACAUUCCAUAUGAAUCGACCUCAUUACUCGGACAAGUUAGAAGACAAGAAACAAAUUACCGCUGUUCCCACGAGGCCGCCAGUCGAUUACCGGGAGUAUCGCGAGAAGAAGGAACGGGAACGUUUAGAAAGGGAGAAGGCGGCGGUUCCGUCGACAGCCGCGCAAAGUCACGCAUCGGACGUUAACAAGCAUCAUUCGCAUCAUCAUAAGCCUGUGUCUAGUACAAACGUGUUGAAUAAGCAUCAGUUGCCGCCUGGCCAGAAGGGGCUUCAUCAUAAUCAUCACCACAGACCGGACGCGAAGGUCGGCCAAUCGGUGCCGCAGAGACACUCGAGUAGCAGUCAAGCUAGGGAACCAAAUCGCGAUCCUAAUAGACAGAGGUUACAAAGGGAAUACAACUCGACGACAAGUAGCAGUAGUAGCAGUAGUACCCUUCAUUUACAUAGUCACGCAGUGCCGAAGGAACCGAGCUCGGACAAUUCCUUGACCGACUCUGCUGCUCACAGAUCUGAUGUCGGGCCGCUACAGGAGCCGGUAUCGCAUGGAAACAUGCAGGAGAAACUUAGUAAUAAUAACCAUAGUGUGCAUAGAUUAAGCGGAGUAGAGAGUAGUAAGCAUCAGGGUCACGAGAAGAGAAUGUACGAUCCAAGGCACAAGCCUGUGGAGCAUAGAAAAGACAGUGAGCAGAAAGGAUACAAAUAUCCGGACCCGUCGAGAGCUGAUCGACAAAGGAAGUCCGACAGUCUAGAGCAGAGGUGCGAGGAGGUGAGGAAGAUCAUCGAGAAGCCCUUGCCGCCGCCGAAACCCGCGCUCGAAGUGUCGUACGUAUCGAAUGCACAGAAACCGACUCAUCACACUAAAUACAAUCAACCGGAAAAAUUACAAACCAGCGGUGGCGCGGUUCCGGUCGAUGGAAAGCUGACCACCGGCCAGAGUUCGUUCACGCAGGAGAAGUCCCCGACCGGUUCGAGUGUAUUGCUCUCUCAGAAACCUUUAUCGUCGAAAACGGUCUCGAAUCAGCACACCGCCCACGGUGUUUGGCAAAUAUUGAAAGACAAGAUCAAGAUCUGUAGCACUCAGGCGUCGAGUCUGACGUCCUUGAACAAUCUCGAUGAUCCGAAAACGGAGAAACGGCCACGGCACGACGACACCGAGAAGAAUUCGUUGGACAUCCAACCGGCCAUGUUACAAACGCCCCCUGGCAAGCACAAAUCGUUGUUCAGCCCGGAGAAGGUACCGACGCCUCGAGAAUCCCACUCGCAGAGGCCUAAGUCCAAGCAGAAGACGCCGCCGUCGGCUGCAAAAGUUCCUAAACAAGAGCGCGUGACGGACACGUCGAUAGGUUUUAAUUUAGUGUCACCGUUUGCGAGCCCGCCUGCUUUGCAGCAGCAGCAGCAGCAGCAGGAGACGGCGCUUUCAAUGAAACGGCCUGCAGGCGAUGUUUCCACGUCGUCCCAUAAGAGGCAUCGCUCGGGUAGCGCCAGCGAAGGUGGACAGCCGGUUAAAGUGAAGAUAGAGGACACGUCUAGCUUCGAGGCCGUCAAGAUGCUCGGCAGGGUACCGGAAUUGAUACAACCGAUCAGGGACAAUCCAUCGUCGAAUGGCAGAGCCAGUCAGAUCGCGAACGACAUGAAACCACCGGAGUUGAUCAAGCCGUUCGACACGGAACCGACAUUAUCGCGGUUCGGUGUGACGCAACACCAGCAAGGUUUGUCGAGUCUGCAAGGUUUGACGAAUGGUCUGGACACGAACGCGGUGAAGCAGGAGUCUCAGGAGUUCCAAGUGAAGAAAGAGUCGUACAAGACCGACAUGUCGAAGAAGAUGGAGCAUCAACAGAUCAAAGCGGAAUACCUGUCGCCGAUGAAGUCCGCGCAGAGUAUAAGUGCUCUGCUCCAGGAGCCAUUGGCACCGAUGCCGUCGUUGCUUCAGAGUAUGCAGCCGUUCGGCCAAUCAUUGGCCCAGCAACAAACGCCGCAGGAGCAGUUUCACCAGCAGCAUUUGCAACAGCCACAGCCGCAACUGUCGCAGCAACAGCAGUCUCUGUCGCAUUCGUUAUCGCUGGCGGAUCAUCAUAUCCCAAUCCAGAAUCAGUGCUUGUCCCUGCCGACGGUGAACGAGCCUGCGAUAGCGUCGACCGUCGACAUAAGCGCGCUCACCGGACCGGUGCUGAGCAGUACAGAGUCCGUAGUCUCGGUGCCAACGUCGACGACAACCGUGACGGUUCCAACUGCCCCUGAAGAGAAGCGAUCGGAGCAUCACAAGAGCGAGAAGAAGAAGAAGAAGGAGAAGCACAAGCACAAAGACAAGGAGAAGAGCAAGGACAAACACAAGCACAAACACAAAGAUAAGGACAAAGAGAAGCAUCGGGAGAAGGAGAAGGAGAAAUCAGCCGGGGACGAGACUGUGUCGGCUGCAGUGCCCAUUAAAAUCACGAUACCCAAGGACAAAUUGAACCUGAGCACAGAGUCGACGGGCAGUACCGCGGGUAGCGCGAUGGCGCCGCCCGACAAGAACAAAUCACCACAGAGCACCAGCAUCAAGAUCAUUAUCCCCAAAGAACGGUUGAAAGGCGCGGACAGUGUGUCGAAUUCACCGGUCCAGCCGGUUGUCCAGGCCCCGUUAAAGAUCAAAAUCCGCACGGACGGGAUUUCCCGUAGCUCGACCGGCGGUGCAUCCUCAACAACGAAUAGCUCGAGCAGCACCAGCACCGUCGUGCCGGAAUUCACGAACGAGAGUCGGAAACGCGACCGAGCGGACGCGAAGGAAAGCCCAAUGACCAGUCUACCGACGAAGAAGCAGCAGCAGCAGCAGCAGCAAUUGCAGCAGGUCUCAUCGGCGAGUGGUGGCUACGGGCAGCAACACCGACCUGGCGAACGGCAGAACGGCAGACACUAUAGUUCAGGCAGCAAUAACAAGGAGAAGCACUCGUCCAGCCACCACAAAAGCUCGAGCAAGAUGUCGCAGUCCCAGCAGUCCCACGCGACGUAGUACACGGACUGAAGAGGAUGUCGGUAAAGAAAACGAAAACAAAGAAAAAAUAGCUCCCGAUACGACUGACACACCGUCCGCCCGGAAAGAAAGGAGUUCACAAACCUUGCUUCAAUGCUUUCGUUCGUCCCUCAACGAGGGACGUCGGAGACAUCGAGGAGGAAUGCCAGCUUUCAUCGUUGUGUUGUGUCCCCGUUUUACCGUACGAAUCGAUCGAUCGAUCGAUCGAUCGAGUACACACACACACACACAACACGGAUAUAUCUCUUUCCCAAAUGGGAGAUCGCUCGAGGCGGCCUCUCCUCCUCCACGCGGCGAUGGGGAAAGUUCCGGCGGCCAUUUUGGUUCCGCGUGCGUCAUCGGGGAGAGCCCAACGAGACGAAGAUAUCCGACGUGGGGAAACGCAGCGAUGCUUGGCGCGUUUUACUUGUUGGCCAAAGGUUAAUUCCGUAAAAAGCAAAACAAACAUCGAUCAGCGAACAAAUGCUUUUGUUUUCCCUUCUUCGACUAGGCAAAGAGAGAAACGCGACGAGAACGAUGAAUGGAGAAAUAAAUCAUUCUUACUCAGGUGACAAAUUAGGUAUCCGCGAUGAUAAGUUAAGAGGAAAGCAAACUUCACAAACAAACACAUACACACACACACACACACACACACACACACACACGUACACAUUUCGUCCUCGGUCAUUGAAUUACAACGACUGAUCUAUGCCCCCUAAAACCGUUUCCUACGCAUCUUCAUUAUCUGUAACAUAAUGCGUCACAUGAACUUUGUUUUACUUUUUUUUUUUUUUUUCGAGACAAUAUUGAGAGGACUCGUCGAGAGUGUAUUAACGUAUAGCACUUGGGAUCGUUCGAAGUUCGAUUGUUGUUCUUGAGAAGCAUAGAUAUACCGACAGAAUGUUGUUUGCCACGAUCACUGGAGGUUUCUCAGGGAUCGAUUUAUUAUCAGUUAUUAUGGUACGACAGGAGGAACAAUGGUUUUCCAUUCAAUGUCGAAUUUUAUAUCGAACUUCCGGUUCCUGGUCCCGAGGGCCCCUUACUUUAUCAACCUCAAUAGACCCCAACCCCCCUUCUUUUUUUGUAUUUGUUAUUACGUUUAACUGCCACACAGUUUUUUCCGCAUCGAGGACAA